AAAAACAAGAAAAAGUUGUAGGGUACUCCAUUAUAUGCCAAGAAGGAGAAUAAUAAAUAUUUCUGUCUCCGUCUCAUUUUAUCUGACAUCAUUUCUUUUUAGUUCGUCCAAAAAAAAAUCAUUUUAACUUUAAAUUCGUCUUUUACACUUAAUGAAAUAAUUUAUAACUACACACUAUACAUAGCGAUUAUUUUAAAUCACAAAUUUCAAAAAUCUGACUUUUUUUCUCAAUUAAUAUCACAUCUAAUGAGAAUUUGCCACUAUAUAUUAAUAUGUAUAUAAAGGAUCUCUCACAUUUGUGUCUUAAGUAGUCUCUUAUAUCUAAAAUUUUCUUCAAUUUAAUUUCAAGAAUGGCAAGUAAUUUGAAGAUGAAAAAUGUGAUGGUUAAUUAUGAUAAUGAUAAUAGUGAUGAUGAUGAAGAUGAAAAGGUUACUGGGAAAAAAAAAGAAUUAUUGGACCUUCCUUUGGAGAAAUUAAACCUUGGUCCUAAAAAGAAACUCCUUGUGCUAAGUCUUGGUGGGCUACUGGUCGAUAGGGUGCAUCGACGCAAUGAAUCAGCGGUCCGGAGGUUUACCCCGGACCUUGCUCAUGGCAAUUUUCUCGUGUUCAAGAGACCUUAUUGUGAUCAAUUUAUGAAGUUUUGCCUUGAAAGAUUUGAAGUUGGAUUAUGGUCAUCAGCCAUGGAUCGAAACAUGGAUCCAAUUUUUGACAACAUCAUGGUUGGCCUUCGAAAAAAAUUGGUAUUUAUAUGGGAUCAAGAUAAUUGUAUUGAUAGUGGUUUUUCAACUGUGGAGAAGCACAAUAAGCCAAUAUUUUUGAAGCAAUUGAAGAAAAUAUGGGAAAAUAAUUCUUAUGGUGGAAGAUUUUCAGAAUUUAACACACUUUUGAUUGAUGAUGAACCACAUGUUGCUUUGCUAAAUCCACCUAAUACAGGUGUUUUUCCUCCUGCUUACAAAGUUAGAAAUAGGGGAGACACAUUUCUUGGUCCUAAGGGUGAAAUGCAAGAGUUUUUGGAUGGUCUUGUUGAUGCCAAUGAUGUUCCAACUUAUGUUAAGGGACAUCCAUUUGGACAACCUGCAAUAACAGAUUCUCAUUCUGAUUGGGAUUAUUAUGUCAAGAUAAUUCGCGCAGCGAAAGAUCCUGGAUUCGGUGUUUCUAAAUCUGAUUCUGAUUACUCUGAUUAAGUGAAUGUUUUCUUCUUCUUAUUAUUAUUAUUAGUACUAGUAGUAGUUUGAUGUAAUAAUGAUCUAUGCUGUUUGGACUUUUCAAAACUAAUCUUGUAUCUAUAUGGAUUUCUUAAAAAUAUGUUGCCUUUGAAGAAUCCA